AUGCAUCUCGCGAGGGUGCUCUCCGCCACGUGUCGCAAUGCGGUGAAGCAGCGCGGCGCCGUGGCGGUAGGACCGUCGCUGCCCGCAGCACUGCAGCAGCAGCGGCGGCACCAGAGCGGGCAGCAGAGCGGGCAGCUGAGCGGGCAGCAGAGCGGCCUCGCGGAUUUCUUCGAACAGGGUCGCACGCCCGACGCGUCCGUCACCACCGGACGGGGAUGGCAGGCGUGGGAGCUGCGGCACAAGUCGUUCGAGGACCUGCACGGGCUGUGGUACGUGCUGCUCAAGGAGAAGAACCUGCUCUACUCGCAGAAGCAGAUGCUGCAGUCGCAGGGCCGCCGCAUGGUGCAGCCGCACCGCAUCCGCCUCGUGAAGGCAUCAAUGUGUAGAAUAAAGCAAUCCACCCGCUCUGCCCCCCUCCGCCCCUCCGCCUCUUCUCCCCACCCCUUCGUCCGCGCACGGGUGGAGCGCGCGAUGGCGGCGCAGCGGGCGCCGCCGAGCUUCCGCCUGCGCGCGUACUACGGGAUCGACUUCCCGGGGAAGGUGACGCUGCUGGUGGCGCAGUCGCUGCUCUCCUUCGCCCUCGCCGCGACCCUUUUCGGUCGCUACGCUGUUACUGUCAACCUGGUUCGGCGGUUCUGGCCUCUGCUGCCGGCGCAGCUCACCAGUUUCCUCGUGGGGUUCUCAGCAGCCUUGGCUCUCCUCCUCGCCUUCGCCUAUUCCCUCACGCUCUCCGCCAACCUCCGCACCUCCCUGCUCCUCCGCCCCCGCCUCGCCCGCCACAUGCUCGCGCUCGUGCCCGCCUGGCAACCGGUCCGCACCGCUCUGGACCUGGGGAGCGGCCGUGGGGUGCUGCUAGCAAGCCUGGGGCUGCAACUACUGGAGUGUGGAGGGGAGGGGCGGGCGAUUGGGUUUGAUAGCUGGGAGACCAAGAGCCGUGCUGCUGGUGGUGGUGCCAAUGGUGGGGUUAAAGGUGGAAGCAGAUUGGAAGUGGAACGGAGCAGAGCUUUAAAAGGUGCAGAUGCAGGUGCUGGUGAUGCUGAUGCUGGGGAUAGUGUCAGUGGUGGUGCUGCUGGUGGGGCUGAUGGUGCUUCCGUAGACGCUGGCGCCACUGGCAGCAGCAGCAGCAGCAGUGGGAGGCACGUGCGGCACAGAAGGGCGGAUAAAGCCAAAGCAGGCCACCCAGGCAGGAGUUCGGCCGGAACAAUUUCCCCUGCUCCUGCUGCUGCUGCUCCAGCGAGCGGGCUAGCAGCAGUGUCAGCGGCAGCAGUGGGGAGCAUGGCGGGGGCGCUGAGAGCAGCAGCGAGGGAGGGCGUGGGGGCGCUCGUGACGUGCAAGACAGGGGCGUUUGACCGCCUGCCCUUCCCUGACAGCUACUUUGACGUUGUUAUUUCUGCCCUUCGCCUGCACGCCAUUGCUUCGUAUGUGCCAUGUGCCGUGUCUCAUGUGCCGUGUCUCAUGUGCCGUGUCUCAUGUGCCGUGUCUCAUGUGCCGUGUCUCAUGUGCCGUGUCUCAUGUGCCGUGUCUCAUGUGCCGUGUCUCAUGUGCCGUGUCUCAUGUGCCGUGUCUCAUGUGCCGUGUCUCAUGUGCCGUGUCUCAUGUGCCGUGUCUCAUGUGCCGUGUCUCAUGUGCCGUGUCUCAUGUGCCGUGUCUCAUGUGCCGUGUCUCAUGUGCCGUGUCUCAUGUGCCGUGUCUCAUGUGCCGUGUCUCAUGUGCCGUGUCUCAUGUGCCGUGUCUCAUGUGCCGUGUCUCAUGUGCCGUGUCUCAUGUGCCGUGUCUCAUGUGCCGUGUCUCAUGUGCCGUGUCUCAUGUGCCGUGUCUCAUGUGCCCUCAAGUGGUGCAGCAGGGAGUGAGAGUGGCGCCUCAAAAUACAUCCUUCUCUCCCCCACUCCCUUACCCCCUUCCCUUGACCCCUUUCUUUCUCGUUUCCCCUCCUGUCUCUGCCCCCCCACUCACAUGACGGGUACUAGAGGACACAGAUCCACCAGCAGGAGAGAGGGAGCGACAGAGGGUGCUGCAGCAGGUGGUGAGAGUGCUCAAGUGCUGAAGCCGGGGAAGAGGGUGGUGCUGUGGACUUCCCACUCCCUUUCCUUAUUUCCCCCCUCCCCCGUCCCCCUCCUUUCUCUGCCCCACCAUCCACAUGACAGGUGUUAG